ACAUUUUGUGUAAAUAUUUUAGUAAUAUGGGCGCGCAAAUUGAUUAAAGUCAUACAUCAUUAGAUUUUAAACCACUAUGUUGCAUUUUUGCUUGGACGUUAGCGCUCUGGCUAAUAGCAACACUAAGCUACCAGAAUGGCAGUCCUGUGGCCUCCUCUGCUACCUCUUUGUUGUGAAAGAUUUAACUUAUACUUCAUCUUAUAUUUAACCGAAGUUCUGGUGGCAAGAUGAAUAAAGAAAUUAUGUCCCGCGUUGUGAAGAAGAGGCAAGCGGAUCCUAAAGUGGUUCAGUACGUGUGGGCCGCCAUUGAGGUCAUUCGAAACCAGAAACAAAUCGCAAACAUGGACAGAAUCUCAAAGUACCUAAGCCGCGUCUAUGGGAUGCACCCUAAAGAGACAGCCAGGCAGCUGAGCCUGGCUGUGAAGGAUGGACUGGUGGUGGAGACCCUGACUGUGGGCUGCAAGGGCUCCAAAGCCGGCAUCGAGCAGGAGGGGUACUGGCUCCCUGGAGAUGAGAUGGAGCCGAAAGCCGAGGGAAGUAAGGAGUGGAGGCAGGAGGAAAACCAGGAUUGGGAGGCUGAGAGCCAUGACUGGUACUGCUUCCAGUGUCACCUACCAGGCGACGUCCUGCCGUGUGACAACUGCUUCCGGGUCUACCACCUGAAGUGUCUCUCAGAGGAGUGCAAGCCCAGAGACGGAGGAUCCCACUGGCAGUGCACCGUCUGCAGGGUGGGGGCUCACGCCUUCAAAUGCUCACCUACACCUUCUUUAGGGCAGCAACAAGGGAGUAAAAAGAAGAACCUGAACAAACAGGAGAUGUGUAAAUACCUGCGCUUCAUCGUCCAGCGCAUGAAGGAGAGGGCUGCGGACCUGAACAAAAAAGGCAAAGACACUAAACACCCUAUGUACAGAAGACUGAUCCAUACUGCACUGGACGUCUGCAACAUCCAAGAGAACCUCUCUGAAGGAAAGUACAAAAGCUUCGAUGAGUUCAAAGCAGAUGCUCAGCAGAUAGUUCACAACACGGCCAUCCUGUAUGGAGUUCACAGCGAUCAGGCAGAGAUUGCACGGUUGCUCUUCAGUGACACAUGCCACGAGUUAAAUGAGCUGAUGCUGUGUAAGAACUGCUUCUACCUGUCCAACGCACGGCCAGACAACUGGUUCUGUUAUCCAUGUAGCCCCAGUCACGACCUGGUCUGGGCUAAAAUGAAGGGUUUUGGCUACUGGCCUGCAAAAGUCCUUCAGAGGGACGAUAACCAAGUGGACGUGCGUUUUUUUGGACACCAGCACCAAAGAGCUUGGAUCCCCUCAGAGAACAUCCAAGACAUAAAGGUGAACGUCCAGCAGCUGCAAGUGAAGCGCAGCAACGCCUGGAAGAAGGCGUGCCAGGAGCUCGAGGUGUACCAGCGCUUUCUGAAGGAGGGGCGUUACUGGAAGACAAAGCUGGAGGACAGCCCGCAGCCUCAGCGGCAGCAGGAGGACACAAGCGGGAGAACUGACCGGCUGGAGCGGACGGAGGAGGCAGAGUCCAGCAUCUCCUCCACCAGCAACGAGCAGGUCCGCCAUCUCAAAGGAAGCUUGGAGCCCAAGGCGAAGAAAAGCCGUCGAACUCAAGCUGCUGAACCCAAAGAGGAAGUCAGCGACCCGGAGCCGGAGAUGGAGGCGGUGAGCUCCAGCCAGGAGAUCCCCGUGUGUUCGGCGCCGCAGCAGCCAGAGAAGCUGUCGGUGUCCACGCAGACGAAGAAGGCCAGCGGAGGGUCGCCGCGCACGCUUCACCGCGGCACCCAGACCAACAGCGAAGGCGCCUGCCAGAACAUGUGCCACGAGAAAUACACCAAAGUCUUCAACGACGUCAAAGAGAUGAUGAAGGCCGACAACAAGAGGGAGACGGAGCGGGUGGUCAGAGAAGCUCUGGAGAAGCUACGAGCAGAGAUGGAGGAGGAGAAGAGGCAGGCGGUGAGUAAAGCGGUGGCCGGAGCACAGGCGGAGAUGGACAGGAAGUGCAAGCAGGUGAAGGAGAAGUGUAAAGAAGAGCUGGUGGAGGAGGUAAAGAAGCUGGUGGCCCAACACAAGCAGCUCAUCUCCCAGACCAAGAAGAAGCAGUGGUGCUACAACUGUGAGGAGGAGGCCAUGUACCACUGCUGCUGGAACACCUCCUACUGCUCCAUCAAGUGUCAGCAGGAGCACUGGCACGCCGACCACAAACGAACCUGCCGCAGGAAGAGAUGAGCCGGCCCCGCCCCGCCCCGCCCCGCCCCGCCACUCAUGGUAUCCCCCGCUGACGCGCUCUCCCCCCUCCUGCUUCUCCUCUUGCCUUGAUAAAAACUUUGUGAACCCGCUGAGCAGCGUUUUGAAGUUCAUUUUUAAUGCUCCCUCUGUGAUAACUCUGCACUCCCUCCUGGUUGUUUGUGAACAAAUUUCUCCAAAGUUUUUUUUUCCCCUUCAAAGUGAUCUUUUUUUCUGCUGGAGAAUGUUAUUUAUGUGUGAAACAAGUGAGAAUGUUUUAUUAGGAUUUUUAAAAAAGUUUCUACCAUAAAUGCAUCAAACGUGAACAGAGAAGUCGUCAUAGAAACGGAGAAGCCUGCAGGAGUGGAGGCUCCCGCCGCGUCCUGAAUCCAGGGUGGAGGAUUGCACCUUUUUAAUCAUUUCUACCUAGAAUCUUGUGGUCCACAAGUCACUCGUUGGGAACAGGGUCCGAGGUCGGCCUUAAAAGACGCCGGCCCAAUAAAUCAUUUGUGUCCACGAUUAUCACGACUCUGCACACAUCCGUCAUGUGAUGGAAGGAGAUCCUGCGGCGCGUCUCAGACAGGGUUCAUGCUUUUGUUUCUUUGCACACAUUUCAUGUCCUCAUGAAUCCAAAACAAACAAACAAACCCAGAGCUUGUAAUGUUGCCAAAAAGCCUCACAUCUGUUAAGCCGAGGAGGCGGCCCGCUCCACGCCCGCUCCGUCCGUCUGCGUUUGCUGUUGUUGGUGCUCAGUGCCUGUUUGUUUGGAGGCCGCUCUGCAUGCCGACGGCUUCACUCUGUUUUUAUUUAUAGCAAAAAGAAAAAAAGACGUGCGAGGAGCGGCGAUGGAAGCAGUGAUUCAAUAUUAUGCAAAUGUAAAGGAGGGAUUCCUGUUUUCUAGUCUUUUCUUUCCUUCUUUCCUCAGUGGUGUGUAACCGUGGUGCUCUGAUUCCGUUUUCUAAAGGCAAUGAGAUUGCCAGGUUGAAAUCUUUGAUUGUUUCCUUAGUGAUGAACUUUUGACAGAAGUGCUGAUCAUCAUCAUCAUCGUUGACGUUUUGGGGGUUUCUUUGCGUGGACAGAACCGUGGACUCGCUUUUAUCUUUAUUUUGAUUAUUGAAAAGAUUAUUUUGACAAACUUCUUUAGCUUUCCCCAAAUGAAAAAAAGAUUUUUUUUUCCCAUCGAUUAGUCUCAACUGAAACCUUUUCUUACAGAAGUAUUGUGGUCAGGCAGCUUUGAUCUAUUUUAAUAAAUGAAAUGAUGUAAUGACAGUAACGUUUGAUCAAUGUUUCGCUCGUACUCUGUCAUUUUUUUCAGCUUCCUCCUUCCUCCAUUUGGGCCUCACUUUUUGCAGUUGUUUUUUUGCCAAACAGAAAAAAGCAGGAAAUCGUGUAACUUAAAGAAAGACCUGAUUGAUUUGAGGUUCCUCUGUGCGUUUUAGAUGAUGAGAUUUCUGUAUUUUAAAUGUCAAGCUUGUUUAUUUUUUUCGCCUCACCUAAGUAGUUCCUUGUGAACGUGCUCAGUUUUCUCUCAGAUGUCUGUAGAAAACAUCAGAACCUGGACGGUUUGAGCAGCUCAGACGUGACGUUGUUUCUGGAUCACAGUCGUUCGGAUGGAGGCGGAGAAGGAAGAUGUUUGAUCAAAGGUGUUUGGACUCUGAAGUGAUGUUUUUGUUCAUUUCAUCCUCUUUCUUCAUGUCUGUCGUUGGGUCACUUUUCCAGCCUCAUGGUUGCACUACAUGUAAAUAUCAGUAAACCUGCUACAUGUUGGUGUGUAAAUUAAGUGGCAUUUAAUAUUUUCAGUGAUCUGGAUGACUGUUGGUCCUAAUUUUGUACAAUGUACAACUGAUAUAUCAGCUUUCAUGUCACUUUGUAUGUAUUUCAGUUUUUUUAUAUUUUAAAACCUUCGAUGUGUCAAAGAAAAUAAAGCAGCUUUUGUUCUCCUGGUUUUAACGUCAUGUUAGAAUGUUUCUCUUUGUGCAUCCAUGUCAGUUUUUUAAUCUUCUUGUUUUGAUCUUUGUAUUCCUGGAGUUUUAAGCGCAUGAUGCUGUGUGUGUAUUUUUUUCCCUCUGCUCAUUUCAUUGUGUAAGCUAAAAAUAAAACAAAAAAAAGAUGUAGUUGCACUCAAAAUGCAAUGACAAUGGUUUUUUUUUUGUUUGUUUUUCUGGAAGCUUCUGUUGAGCUUCCAGACGUGUGAGGCUGAUUUCAGCUGGAAAAAGCGAGUCGGUCCGAUGAUCAGACUGUUCUCUGCUCCCGCUCCGAGGUAUUUUACUAUGUGAUGCUGUGUGAGUUUGACCUUCUUGUACUCUAAGUACGUCUGACAGGAAGGACAGUUUCUCUGCUCUCACUUCUAGUAGGUCAUCUUCUGUUCUGUCCACAUGUAAACUUUUAACCAUAGCAACAUUUUUUAAUGCUCCCAGUCUUUUGUUUUUGGACACUUUAGCUAGCAAUAUGUAUAUAAAUAUAUUCUAUGUGCUAACAUGGAGGAAAUAAAUGUAUCAACACAU